CCGGCGAUUUCCCUGGUUCGAUUGUAAGCUCGAUUGUUAAUAUUUUGUCUAAGCAGAAAAUCUUUCGAUAUGUCUUCUGGCUGUGAUCACUACAUUAGACGCUGUUCUUUAUUGGUGAGUAAUCAUCUCCCCCUUAGGAUUAAACUGAAAUCUUCCAUGUUUACACUGUUCUUCCCUGCAAUUUAUCAAUCAAUUUUGCACUGAUUAGUUUCAUAUUCAGUUAGACCAAACUACACGUCACCAAGUUAACUGAUAUUGUUGUCUCAUGUACCAAGCUCUAAGCACGUGUAAAUAUCACUACUUUCAUUUUGCUGCAUCAUUUUUUCGUGUCGUUUACCAAACAUCGAUCUUACAUUAGUGAACAUCUAUUUCUUUGACACAACGUUAUUUUGAGUACUGUUCCUAGGAUAUCCAACGCCAUUUGCAAUUGGCGACGGUCAUUUUAAAAUUUAAGUUAUUCUGAAGCUCACAAUUUCAACAAUUACAGUAAUUAUCUACAUAAUUUCUAAUCUAUGAUAUGGGAAAAACACGGAAGAGAAGAACUUGUCGUCUUGUUGAAAAAUCUCUUGCAGUGCAAUUGUUGUUUGUUUUCUCACGGUAUUUUACGUUUGUCAAUCAUCACUCAGCUUGGGAUUUUCGCACUUAAAUCUUUAUUAAAAAGUAGUUAACUCAAAUACAAGGGGAAAUGUUCCGCGUUCUCAACGUACCUACCAUUUUGAACAAUGUUGUAAAUUGGCCUAGUUAUUUCUCAUCGAGUUGUGGUACCUUUCUGGACACAAAAGUUUAUCUUGGUAACACUAUAGCUCCUCAGAAACAUCCUUAACCCUUUAUUCCCUAACAUCAGUAUGCAUAUUCUCCAUACCUUUCUCUAUACAUUUCCAAAAGUGCUAACAAGGAGAAUUUGAUUAACUUUUUAGAGGUUCUUUAGUUGGUGAUCAUUUCCUUUAUUCUCCUGACCUCAAUGUUUGAUGCAAGUCUGACAAUGUAAGGAGAAAUUUAAAGCCAGUUAUGGUCACUCCAAGGGGUUAAUUGAUUGACUGUUAAAAAGGAGGAUCUAAUUUCUUUUUAGAGUUACAGACAUCUACUAGUCUGCACAAGCAUUGCUAUGGUAUCAUGUUGCAUUGAAGAAAAAGCUUCUAUUGUUUGCAUGACAAAUUUAAUUUUAAGUGAGCCAUGAUGAAGAAAACAAUUUAAAAAUUGUUGUUUUAUUUGUCCAUCACACAACAGUUGUUUUGAAACAUUUAACCCUUUCACUCCCACAAGUGACCAAGACAUUUUCUUUUGUUUUUGGUUGCGGGUUAUCUGCCAGUGUGGGUAAUCUGUGGAAAUUUUUUUCUCGUUAUUUCAAAAAUUGACCAAUGCGGCAAAUCUGUGGCACAGGUAAAUGGACAGAAAUUACAGUAAUCCUCUACCUUUAUUUGUUACUUCUAAAAUCUUGAGUUUAUUAAACCUUUACCUCCCAUGAAUGACCAAGACAGAAUUUCUCCUUAUAGUAUCGAUACAAUAUCAAGCAGACAAGUGAUGAGAAAACAGAAAAAUAUCAAUUAGGGGAUUAUAUCUUGAUCCAACACCAAAUUCUCCAAACCAACAUGACAAGAACUGUAUAGCAGACAGCAAGGAGAAGUAGUUGUUAGAUCAUGGGAGUCAGAGGGUUAAAAAGAAAUAAAAAUUACAUUUAUUUAAUACUUUAUUAUUGUGCUUGUUUUCACAGGCCCCUUGUUGUAACAAAUACUACAACUGCAGGUUGUGUCAUAAUGAUAAGGAGAGUCAUGAACUGGACAGGAAAACUGUAGAAGCUCUCAAGUGCCUUCAGUGUGAUUCUUCUCAAGAGGUAGAAUUACUAAUGAGCUGGGAUUUAAACUAGAUUUUAUUUAAAGUAGCCAUUUUGCAUAGAGUGAUCCCCAGAAAUCAAUUUUUAUCCCAAACUGUCGUGCAAUAUCAAUUGCAUGUGGGAUUGUGGAAGUGUAGAAACAGAGAAGUGUAACCUGAUUUUUUUUUUCCUCCUUUUAUCAGCCUCUCUUAUACCAAAAAUUAGAAAAUAACCUCGCAAUGCUGAGUGUUACAUUACAGCUUCAAUAUUUAUUAGUACUACUUCAGGCACUAAACUGAUUUGUUUAUAUUUGUAUUCAUUCUGGUAAUGGUGGGGUUUUUUUUGAUAAAAAAAAGUGAUUCUGAUUUAAAGAUUGCAAAACCAUAGGCAUCAUACAAUGUAGGAGAAAAUACAAAUUACGGCCACUUCGUUCCAAACCACUUUGUUCCAUCCUUUGGUCACUUCGUUCCAUUGCAUCUUCUUCAGUGAAAGUAACGUAUGAUGAAAAUAAAGUAUGAUGAAAGAUGGAUCAUAUCUUAUAAAAGGGAAAAAUAGUGAAGCGCUUUGUGAUCACAUGGAGAUGUUGUUGUGAUGAAAGUUCUCUAUUCUGGUUGCUAUGAUCAACAUGUGGUUUCACAUCUUUUCGCGUUUAUGUUCAAUCUAAACAUGAUUUCGCAUAUUCGUCAGUCUAAAACUAAUAAAUACUGUAAAGAAAGGUUAACUUAGUAAUAACAAGCAGGUUCAUCUUUACUCAAGUCUGAUAAAAAAGUAAAGCGAUGUUGAAAUAAUGAAAUCAAGGUUUACUUUGGUCUGGUUGCUAUGAUCAACGUGUAUAUGUAUAGUUGUCUCCGGUAGUCCCAGAUUCCACGCACACGGCAGGUACUUCACAAGUUUCAAAAUGGCCGUCACAACAGACGGCAUAUACCGUUUACUAGUUUUGUAAGAUUAGAAGUUUACACACUUAGUUUACACUUGGAACAAAGUGACUAUUCUUUGGAACGAAGUGGUUUGGAACGAAGUGGUCAUGGAACGAAGUGACCAGAUACCGAAAAUACAUUCCUGUAUUGGGUGGAGUAACAAAGAGAGGGCAGUCAUGUACAUUUCCUUUCAAUCAGCUGCCAAUAUGUCUAAUGGUGUAUAACAUUAUAAUUCAAUUUAUCAGACUUAGUGCAAGAUUCCUAGACCAAUCAAAAUAAAGCAAAAUCAAAGUAAUCUUGGAUUACUUUCAAUACUAAAUUGACCCUGUAAACCCUAAAAGUGACCAGCUUCUAAUUUCUCCUUACAAUCUCACUCCCAAAUCAAACACUAAGGUCACAAGAAUCAAGGAAAUGAUCACCAACAUAUAAAGCUCUUGAUUAUACACAAAUUCUCCCUGUCAGCACUUCAGGAAAUGUAUAGAGAACAGUAUGGAGAAUAUGCAUACUGAUUUUUAAGAUGUAACAGGUUAAAAAUUACUCUACACUGUAUAUACUAGGCGCAUGAGACUGUGGGUAUGUUCCAGUAGGCACCAGUUUCCCGCAAAGUUUGCCAGCUAUGAGAAAGGUGAUUAGUGGGAAAGGUUGCAAAAAAAUUGAGGGAAAAAUUUUGCUACCAAAUCUUUGUUUGAGCAGAUCUAUAAAUCAAAUUAUGUAGUUCUAAUCUUUAACAUAAUCUUUAAUGUAGAUGAAUAUAGAGGGUUAGUUUCUUUUAUUAGAGUGCUGUGCCAGUAGGAGAGUAUAAAUUGACUACCAUAGUAUAUAAAUGUAUUUCUUCAGAUACAACUCUGAGACAGACAGACUGACUGAUUUAAUUUUCUAACCAAAGGUCAGAUCCCACUGUAAAGACUGUGGGAUAAAAUUUGGACGAUACUAUUGUGAGAUCUGCCGCUUGUUUGAUGAUACAGAGAAGGGGCAGUUUCACUGCAGUGGUUGUGGAAUUUGCAGGUAUUGUCAUUUUUAUGUUAACAAAUACUAACACUGUUAGUAAAUGAAUUGUUUUUGAUAUGAUUGUGGAAAAGAUACAAUGCAGUGAGUUAUUGAAGGAGAAGUAUAGUCCACACCACUGAAAAGUAAUUAUCUAAAAAUUAACUUUGUACCAAUCACCACCGCUGAAAAGCUUAUCUAUAAAUUUAAUUUGUACCAUGUGUUAAGAUUCCAAAGAGUACUGGUAACACAGCCAUUUGGAAGUUGUUUUAGAUGUACCAGUACUUCAAGUUCAAAAAUGGGUGCUGCUCUUUUGAAAACAACCUCUUCCAGUAAGCUAGCUACACAUAUGUGAUGUUCCAGAACUGGUUCACAAACAGAAGCUGCUCUAGUUCUAUUAAUUCUUGUCACUUGCCUGCUUUGAUAUUGUAUUGAUACUGUGGGGAGAGAUUCAGUCUUGGUCACUCAUGGGAGUGAAAGAGUUAACCCUUUAACUCCCAUGAGUGACCAAGACAGGAUUUCUCCUUACAAUAUCAAUACAAUAUCAUGCUGACAAGUGGUGAGAAUGAGGAAAAAUAUCAAUUAGGGAAUUAUAAAUUGAUCCAAUACCAAAUUCUCCAAACUAACAUCACAAGAACUUCAAACAGACAGUAAGGAGAAUUACUAAUGAGAUCUUGGGAGUUAAAAGGUUAAUUGUGCUUAGAUCUCCAUUGGAAACAAUUGAGGUUGCCAUCAGAAGCUGCUAGGGGACGGAAACCCAACUUUCAAUGCACUUGUAUUAUUAACCAGUAAUCCCUGCAUAAUCUUUAUUUUGAUAUGUAAUACAUCAAACUGACUUAAGAAAUCUUCAUAUGGCAGAGUUGGUGGAAAAGAGAACUUCUUCCAUUGCGAUCGAUGUGACAUGUGCCUUGGAAUUCAGCUGAAGGACUCGCAUAAGGUGAGUUAACUGUGGCACUCUGUUAAACCAUUGCCGUGGAACACCAGUAUGCAAUUUCUCUUAACUGUUCUUUACACAUUUUCUAUGGUUCUUAGAGUGAGAAUUUGUUGAACUAUCAAGUUACAUGUAGAGCUGCUUGAGUUUGCGAUCAUUUCCUUUAUUCUCAUGGCCGUAAUGUUUGAUUCAGUGGACUGGUACAGUUGCGAGAAAUGAGAUGCUUAUAAAAAUAAUAUUAAUACUAAUAAUAAUAAUAAUAAUAAUAAUAACAACUUUAUUUAUAUGGCGCUUGUAUUCUCUGCUCAAGGCACUUUACAAUCAUACAAAAUCAUACAUCAUUGAUAAAAAUUUUCAAAUUUACAACCAUAUCCUACUAUAUCAUACUUAAACAUAGCUAAAAUUCAUAAUGAUUAAAAAAGAAAAACAAAACUAAAGCCAGUCAUAUCUUAUUAUAUGAUACUUAAACAUAGCUAAAAUUCACCAUGAUUAAAAAAAGGAAAUGAAAUGUAAAGCAAUAUAAUUAUAUAAAUCUAUAAAAAUAAUGGUCUGUUAUUAAAUAUAUUUACUAAACAGAAACAUCUCAAUUGUUCUUUUAAAAAUUGAGAUGGUGUCAGACUCCUGAAUUUCAUAGGGUGUUAAGUUCCAUUCUCUUGGUGCAUGAACAGGGAAUGCUCUGUCUCCAUAGGUCUUAGUAUACGAUCUAGGUUGCAAGUUCAUUACUAACAGACCUAGAUGAUCUAUUAGGAGAGUGAUAAUGUAGUUUCUUAGCUAAAUAGCUAGGCAAUGCCCCAUUCAGUGAUUUAUAUACUAGAAGCAGAAUCUUGAAAAUAAUAUGGUAUUGGAUUGGUAGCCAGUGAAGCUCCUGCAAAACAGGUGUGAUAUACUGAAACUUACUCAUUUGACACACAACUCUAGCCGCCAUGUUUUGUACAUAUUGCAGUCUUUGGGUUGUGUCCUUGUGUACCGGUACACAAAGGAAUGAAACAUUAAUGAACUGCGUGUAUGGAUAUGAAAUAAUAGGAAUUCCCCCUUGUACCAGUACACCAGGACAGCCCCAGUCUUUGUAACUGAUACUUAGGCAUACCAUAUAAUAAUGCAUUACAAUAGUCUAGUUUCGAUGUGACAAAUGCGUGAACAGCAAGUGAGAUACUUCCUAAUUCUAGAUAGGUUCAGGCUGAGAUGAUAAAAUGAUGAUCUACAGAUGCUAUAGACAUGUGUACAUGAAAAGACAUGUGCUCGUCAAAGAUGACGCCAAGACUCCUAGCCGACUGAGAGGCAGCCAAGCUCUCAUCACAAGGAUGGAGAGGGACGAUACUCUAAGUGGAUGAGCAUGAUUCCAUUUUACAACAUUGCACUGUUCCAAAUAAUUCACCCUAUCAAUUUCAAGACCAGUUGAACGCCAUUUAUGUUUGAGCCUUCACCUCUUCCUCUUCUGAAUGGCGAUCUCCUCAUUAUACCAAGGGGCAUUUGGUUGAAUGACAAUAGUGCGAGUUUUUUUAGGUGCCAGCUUGUCCAAAGCCUUGCACAACAUCUCAUCAUACUCCUUGGCCAACAACUCAAUACAUUGCAAGACACAUCCAUCCGACAAACCAGUCAAUAUAGUCAUCUCAUUGAAAGCACCAAAAUCAAAUCCCUUUAAUUUACGAGAGACAACAGUCUUCCUCUCAUUUACUGGUGUCCAUAAGUUCAGAUUAAAGCAAACAGCCUUGUGAUCAGAGAUAAACUGUUCUAUGACUGUGACAUUCUUUAGGACUAAAGCACCCUCAGUCUCAUUCCUUGUAAUGACUAAGGGGUUGAAAAGGUUAACAUUAAUUUUGCAUAUGCAAAGAAAAAAACCAUGAUCAUGAAAAUGUUCUAUUUUUCAGAUUUAAACAAGGUUAUAAACAAUUGAUACAUUUAACUUAAACUUUUUUUCUUUACAAUUGUUUGAUAAAUACAUGUACCCAGAUUAGCUUAGGUGUACAUGCAAACAAAGUGUGCCUUUAUUGCUGCUGAAAUAUACUAAUCUAGAGGUACUGAUUUUGUUGGCCAAUACGACAGUCUUUAGAAAAUAUGUAAUUGUACUUUGAAAACUGAGUCCUUAUUAUAACAUGUGUUAAUUAGGUUAAACUCAUGAUUGGUUUGGCUUCUUGUUAAAUGAAUUCUAAAUUUUCUUGUCUCAGUGCGUUGAAAAGAGUUCACGGUCUGAUUGUCCCAUUUGCUAUGAGGUGAGAGUUAUGCUACAUGAAAUAAUUGACCUUUUAUCUCCCAAGAUCUGAUUGUUAAUUCUCCCCUCUUCCUGCUAGACAUUUCCCAUUAAAUUGGUUACAAGAAUGUGGUGUUAGAUCAAGAUAACAACUUCUACCUGAUAAGUUUGAGUAUUCUCAUUUUCUGUUUGCUAAAUACUGUGUGGAUAUAGGAAUUUGGUAUAAGUUAUCUUUUAAAAAUUACCUUGUUUAGCAGUGACAUCUUCUGGCAAGUGAGUGCUAAACUAAAUCUUGAGAUGGACAGGGGUCAGUUUUUCUUCCCCAACCAUCCCUCCCUUCACUAGUUCUUCAUUCUCACAACUUCCUCUAUGUAAAAUCUUUUAGUUGAUCCAGCUUUUAAUCUUACCCAGCCAAUACAAGUAUUACAUGAUUGUACAUUGUACACUGUUCCACACAUUUUUUUUUUCCUUGUCAACGUGGGGUCAAUGCUGGUGAUCCCACUUAGGCUGACGUCAAGCAUCUCCUCUGAUUCAGAAUAUAUUUUUCCUAAUGUGUCUUGCAUUUGCUCACCGCUAGAUACAGAACUGUUAACAUCACAAUAACAGAUAUAAGAGUCGUCACACAUUCCACGAUUGUCGAACUCCUGGUCGUUGUUACUGCUCUGACAAAUAGUUGGACAAGGAUUCUUGUCAGCUUUAAGGAGGUUAAUUCUACCACUUCUUCUACGAGCUGCUAAUCGUGCUGGUUUGAAUUUGUACGGAUUAUGAUGACGCAUAUAUUCUUUAUAGCGCCCCCGUAGUUUCCUACCAUCGUCAGCCAUGUUUGUUUUGAAACCAUCGAUCUCGUUCCCAGGAUCCUGUCUUAAGAGAACCUAAAGCGCAUGCGUCCUCGAUUUUCUACCGGAUCACGUGGGCUUUUGCAGCCAAUAACAAUCUAGUGACGAAGCGUCAUGCAAAAGCGCACUUUUUGAUUUUACAUUCCAACGUGAACGAGUAAGUUUUCUCUUCGAUCAGAAUUUUUGUUGUAGUUUUCACCUUUUGUGCUUUAAGUAAUAGUUCCAAAGGACAACUAACAAUGGCCGAACGAAAUUCAAGAAAAAGAAGCGUUCCAGCACGUUUAAGAGAAGGUAAGUUGAAGUGAGAAAGUUGUGGAUACGAAAGUAUACAUGCAUGCAGUAUUGUUGUAGGUUGGCCUCGUGCACUUGGGCUUUAUUAUUCGUCUAAAAUAGAGACGAUGAGUAAUCAAUAAGCUUGCAUUUUUUCAAAAAACCUUUUUUAGUUUACAUAGUAAGAACUUAAUCGAAACUUAUUACAUGUAAACAUCUAUUUCACAGAGACUUGGUACCUUGUAGACUACGAGGAUGAUGGCAACUUAAGGGUGUUAGGUGAAGACGAUAUUCGGCACAUCUUUCCCGAUGAAGAAGAGGAAAUUCAAGCUGGUGAUAUUGUAAGCGCCCUUUGGCUUCCAAAUGGCCAGUUUUAUGAUGCCAAGGUGCUAAAUCAGUGUAAGGCCAUUGCCUAACGUGAAUCCAGUUGAAUGGGGAGCUCAAGAAAUGGCUCUAGACUAGGAACCUUUUUUGCUGUAGCACUCAAUAUUUCACAAGUUUGGCUCCUACCUUUCACCUUUUGGCUUUAUAGUCUCUUUCUUUUCUUUCUUAAUGCAUCAAAAAUCCAAGUUUUUAAAUGAAAACACAAUACAAAUGUGGACCCAGGCAUCUUAAUUUACUGAUAAUGCAUAAGUAAGUUACAGGUUUGAGAACAUGCUUCACUCUGCCAAUUCCUAAUUCAAAGCAAACUUUAAACAGAUGUAAUUUUUGUAAUCUUCCUUCAGGCAAGGUUUGCUCCAAGUUCAGUAAAGAUGUCCCCACACCAAGCCAGAUUGUCCAAAAAAUCAACAUGAAAUGUGUAGAGGCAAGGCGGCCACCAAGAACCAGACAAGAGUAACAGCUGUGAUUUGAUUAAAAGGACACAGUUGAUGUGAUUUCAUUGUUUUCAUAGUUGCUAGUUUUGUUGACAGUUUGUUAAGUAUGUAAUAUCCAUUGAGGACAGGAUAUAGAAUUUGUGUGGAGAGUAUAUUAAGUAUUUUUUUGAUUGUCUAAUGUAUUAAAUAUAUGCAAAGAAUGCAAAACUGUGGUUCCUGUUUCCAUGUUCUGAAGGCUCCUGAUAUCUCAAAUACUUUGAGGAAAAAUUGUUGGAGUUCAAAGUAACCACAAAUAAGUUACUUUUGAAAAUAGUAAGAGGUCAGGGAUCAUAUGGUAUUGGUAUGGGGCUGAUCCAUAUCAUUCCCAUACCAGAUACUAUGGGAAAUCUAUGGAACUGUGCCAAAUAUGUAGCAAUCCCGUAGCUAAAUACAAUAGAAUCAAAACUGAAUGAAGACAGUGGCAUAUAUGGUUUUGAUAUGGAAUAAUUGGGAAAAUAUUACCCAUGUUUAUCACAUUUCUGAGAGUUAAAGGGGUUAAGUUUUGUUGUAAAGGGAAGUUUUGUUGUAGAAAGUUGUAUAAAAAUGACUUAUUCACAGGUACACAAAGCAGCAUUAAUGUUGUGAUUUGGAAUUUGGUAUAAGUUAUCUUUUAAAAAUUACCUUGUUUAGCAGUGACAUCUUCUGGCAAGUGAGUGCUAAACUAAAUCUUGAGAUGGACAGGGGUCAGUUUUCUUCCCCAACCAUCCCUCCCUUCACUAGUUCUUCAUUCUCACAACUUCCUCUAUGUAAAAUCUUUUAGUUGAUCCAGCUUUUAAUCUUACCCAGCCAAUACAAGUAUUACAUGAUUGUACAUUGUACACUGUUCCACACAAUUUUUUUUCCUUGCGUGGGGUCAAUGCUGGUGAUCCUAAGUUAAGGCAAGUAGGGCCCAUCUUAUCUGCUCAAGAUUGCCAAUCAGACCACGAGAGCUGCUCCAUCUUGCCCACAGGCACUGCUAACUUUAUAAUAAGUUGGCUUAAACACUUGAUCAGAGUGUUUAUAGUUAAAUUGCUGAGCAGAAAGUAUGCUUGUUAUGCACUGCCAGGCUGUUUAAACUGUAGCUAACAUUUCAAGCCUUAGCCCUGCGCCAGAGCAAAAGACACUAGACUGACAAAAAGAUGUUCUGGUGAAAGAUGCUUGUUCAUAAUAGCUACAUGUACAUUAGUACAUAGGGCUGGUGCUUGAAACAUUAGCUUCAGAAAUGUGUUACAGUGGCCAAUUUACAAUAUCAACUCAGUUGACCCUUUAACUCUCAGAUCAAACUUGUAAUUCUCAAGUUCAGAGAAUUUAGUAUUUGAUCAAAUAAUUAUCCCCAAAUUGAUACUUGUCUUUAUUCUUCUCACUAAUAUCUAAUUGAUAUUGUAUUGAUAUUGUAAGGAGAAAUUCUGUCUUGGUCACUCAUGGGAGUUAAAGGGUUAACUCUUUCACUCCCAUGAGUGACCAGGACAGAAUUUCUCCCCACAGUAUCAAUACAAGAUCAAGUAGACAAGUUAUAAGAAUAAAGAAAAAUAUCAGGUAGGGUAUUAUUAGUUUAUCCAAUACCAAAUUCUCGGAACUGACAUCAUGAUCAUUGUAUAGCAGGCAGUUAAGAGAAUUUCUAAAUACAAUCUUGGGAGUGAAAGGGUUACAUAACUUGACCUAUUUAGUCAUCUAAAAGAUAGUAAUGUCAUAGUUAAUUGAUCUCACUAUUAUUAGGAUAUUCACACCUCAAGAAUACCAGCACAUGUACCUUCAUGCGGGCAUCUACUUCACAGGUAUGAUUCUCCUUCACAUUCAAAUUUUUGUUUGUUGCCAUAAUGAAUGUACAUGCACAAUCAACAAACUGAGGUAACUAAAACUUAUUUCUCCAAGACAUUUAGGUGAUCGCAUCAUAGGCAUCAGCCUUUACACUGUUCAACAUACAACUGUACAGAAUGAUUGGUGAAAAAUAAAUCAGCGAAUGCACCAAUCAUAUUUGAGGAAAUUGUAGAGGUUAUGGUAAAUGUAUAUUUAUAGCAUACAAUUUCUCUAUUUGUAUACCAAUCUUAAAUGUGCUUUCAGAAAGUGUCAGUCAUUAACAGUGAAAAUUGUUACUUUGCAGCUCUUGCUUCACCAAGUUGCUGGAGUCAGGGUAUGUCAUUUUUUUGUUCUGUUUUGUCUUUGUCCUUCCUGGGGUAAAACAAGACAGAAUGAGACAAAGAAGCAGAGAUAGCACUUCAUUAAUGGAAAUCUCUCGCCAACACUCUGUUGUGGUUACACAAAUAGAAUCCUGGAGAUUGCUGUACUAAAUCCUCUAAUGAAGUGGUACAGCUGUGACGUUCAAAAUGUCAGCUUCAGGAACUUUCUAUAAGGGCUAAUUUUCAUUUUCAACUCAGUUGAUAACAGCAAAUAUUAUCUUGACAUAGAAUACUUCCCACAGAUGCAAUGCCAGUGACAGUUUCUUCAAAAACUUACCCAGUUAAUUAAUCGCAAGGCAAUUUAACCCUUUCACUUCUAAGACCUAUGCUGUAACUUUUCCUACUGCCGGACAAACAAUUCUCAUAAUGUUUGUAUGGAGGAUUUGAUAUAUGUAUUACAGUACAACUGAAGCACUGGGAUCUUUUCACAAUUCAAUUUUGUAUUUGUUUUAGUUCUACUUAAUAUAACCUUGUUUUUGUACCAUAGUAAUAAACAACUUUUAUUCUGUAUUUAGGGGGUAUGCUUGCCCAAUAUGUAACAAGUCCCUUAUUAAUAUGACCCGCAUGUGGCGCACACUAGAUCUUGAGAUAUCUCAGACACCCAUGCCAGAGGAGUAUAGGGAGUUCUAUGUACUGGUAAGAUGCUUAUGUUAAUCUACUGCCUGCUUUCUAACUAUUUAAGCCGCCAGUUCUGAUUGUUACAUGUAGUUCUUCCCUUAAGCUGCUACACAUUUCCUUAUCAAUUAGUUAUGAGAAGUUGGUCUUAAAUCAAGAUAAUAACUUCUACAUGUACCUGAUAAGUUUGAAUAUUCUCAUUUCCUGUUUGGUGGAUAAAGUAUGGAUAUUAUCACGAGAAGUUUCAUGUUAGUCACUUCUGGGAGUCGAGACAUUUAUUUUAGAUCUAAAUGCUGGUCCUACUAAAAAACUUGCCAGUGGUGAUCUAACAGUCAUUAAGAGGUGUAAGAGUGAUUACCAUCUAAUUUCUCCUCACAAUAUCUCUCCUGAAUCCCUCAUUAAGUAAUGGGUUAAGUACAGUAUGUACAUUGUAGGUUCUUCAUAAAUGUUGGACAAAAUCGCUGAGGAAUAUAACUAUGGUACAAAUAGAGGAGUUUUUGUCCAUAGAGUUUUGCAUGGGUUUGGAACAUUACAUAGUUGAACCUUGAUUAUCUGGAAUCCUUGGGGACUGGACAGAAUAGUGUGGAUAACUGAGAGUCUGGAUAGUCAAAAUAUAAAUAUUUAUGAGCCAAAAAAUAAAACUGAUCAACUGAAAAGAAAUUAGAUCAUUUAAUUAAUAUCAUGCAAGAAUUAAAGCAUGUUCUCAAAUUUUUGUCUAUCAACUGUUAACAUAGAAUUUUGCUGAAAGUAUUUACAAAGAGGUAUCAACCCUUUAGCCCCUAAGAGUGACUAGCAUCUAAUUUCUCCUUACUAUAUCCUCCCUGAAUCAAACAUGAAAGUCAUGAGAAUAGAGGGGAUGAUCACCAACUAAAGCAGCUCUUGACUGUUACACAAAUUCUCCUUGUCAGCCUUUUUGGAAAUGUAUUGAGAACAGUAUGGAGAAUAUGCAUACUGAUGUUAGGGGGGAAGGAUUAAGGUAGUCAACAAUGUUUUACCACAACGUAAUUGAUCUUUUGGGCAAUGAAAAUUUUAAAAAAGGAGUCACAGAUCUUGAAUUUGAUAGGGACUAGUGAAGCAAGUCUGGACAACGGAAAAAUCCAGAUAAUUCAGGGUCGACUUUAUCACCCAUUUUAUAUCAAGCUGACUAACUAAUUCAGGAAUACAUAAAAUUCUAAUGACCAACAGUGCAGUUGGAAAUGCAAUAUUUUUACCUCCGUUUUGGUCCAUUGCAGGUUCUCUGUCGCGAUUGUAACAAGGUAAGCAGAUUACCUGGCAUAAUUUGCACUUAGAAAAUUAAAACACAUUAACUAAAAGAUGUUGCAAUUUAUGACUAAAUCACACUGCCGAGAGACUGUAAAUAUCACUUCUAAGUGGUUGUAGGGAAAUGUUGAGUGCAUGUGAAUGUCACGAAACUUUUUUUUUCCAAUAGAAAAGUAAAGUAAAAUUUCAUGUUCUCGGCUUGAAGUGCAUGGAGUGUGGUUCCUACAACACGAGCAGAGAGGGUGAGGAGGGUGUCCCUGUGGUACCCAGACCUGCCAUAGGUGACCCAGCUGCAGAUAACGAGGAUGGCUGGGAAACAGAAGAAGAAGAGGAAAUUGUAGGAGGAGAGGAAGAACCUGCAGCAAAUGGAAAUGAAACACGACAACAACAAGACGACAGUAUAAGUGAUGAACUGAAUAUAGCAGAUGUUGUGAUAAAUGUAGACGGUGACAGGGACAGUGUUCUGCCUUUAGACUGACGAAGGCAUACCAUGAGCCUUUUGCCUUUUGCGUGCUCUCUCAAUCUGAUUGAGCUCAAAAUAGUCAAUAAGAAGCUCCCACAGGGGCUGCAAACCAAGGCAGCAAAGCAAAUGAGCCUCGGAUAGAAAAUAAUUUUUCUCACUGUUUCUGCCCCACCCCACCCCACCCCAGUCAUACAGCACCAUCCGUGAAAGUCUGCUCAAAGGUCAAGAGCAGCAUGUUGCAUUUAGCGAAGACCAAGUUAAAUUUUGUCAUGAGUUUUGGGCAGUUGACUUUGCAUGAGGUUUGAAAUGCACUAUUUAUUAAUUGAUGCGUAGGUAGGAGAUGGAAGCAGCGGGGAUUUUGAAGAGGACUAAGGAGAGUUGCUCGAGACAUACUGAGAGCAAUGUUUCUUGAGUCCCCUCUAAUCUUCCCAAUUGCUUCAUAUCUCGCUCAACGCGAUUUGGCGCGUGUAAUAGAUGAUUGUUUUGGUACAUUUUCAACCUGGUAUUUACUGUUGUAGAAAGAGAGAUUCCAUCAGUUCGCUCGUACAGACGUUUCCGCUCGUAUACACGCGUUAUCUGUGAGCACGAUUGUAAUAUGAAACACGCAUGCACAUCUGAAUUUAAUUUCACCAAUUUAUUGGCUAUAUUGUAAUCGUUUUUAACCAGGUAACCAAAGGAAUAAGUAAAAUUUUGAAACAAUGUUAUAAGCAGCACAAUCCAUUUUACCGUCAG